GAACCAAAUCGUAAGCAAUCGUAAUCACUAGCGAAUCCCAAGUCGUUGAUUUCAACAACCCUUCGUACCACAGAAAAUGCCUCUUCCAGAAACCUCUCUGUCAGUUCGCGGCGGCUGCAACUGCCGAGCCAUUCGCUAUGAAAUCCAAAUUCCAUCGCUCGAUCAAAGACCGUUCCACCCCUACUCGGACACAAUGAAACCAGGAGAACAUGUCCACUUACCUAUGAUUGCUAUCGAUCAUUGCAACGACUGUCGCCGCGCCACAGGCGCCGUACUUCCGCUUUGGCUCUGCUCGCCAAUUGAUUAUAUCAGCAUCUCGCUUCUUCGUCGAUCUGCGACAUCUCAGCCCUCGUCUAUCAAGACUGCAGGAGAGGGCGACAAAAUAAGUCUUGCAAGUAGAGAAACUUGGAGUUCUGCUGAAGAGACAUUUCGACCCGGGCUAUCGGUUGAUGGUUCAUUCUUGACAGCUUAUAUAUCAUCUGAGGCUCGCACUCGGUAUUUCUGCGGUCGUUGCGGGACCAAUAUUGGAUAUCGUGUCAGUCCGAUGCCAGAGGGAUGGCCUGAAAUGUUGGAUGUUGUGAUGGGAACUAUCGAUAGGGAAGAUCUGGAGUCGGAUGCUAUGAUACCUGAGAGAGCUCUGUGGGUGGACCAUGGAAUUGGCUGGGUGAAAAAACUAGCCACGGAGGGACUUGGGACAAUUCCACAGCAUUCUCGUACGAACGUAAGUUUACGGACAUCAGAAUAGUUGAGACGAUUGGUUUGUUGGCGUGUAUGAUCGAUUGAAGAACCAAGCUUUGUACUUUCUAAGCAUGGCGUGUAGCCAGCCUAGUGUACUGGUGCAUACCUUACGAGACCACUUGCUCCAUCUCCAGAGCUAUACUUAUACCAGAGCUCUAUCCACACUAGUCGCGACCACUUUCCCUUUCCCAGACCGAAAGACUUUCAUAAUUCACAACUCAUAUUCAU